GGACAUUCCCAGUCUUUCUUUUUUAGCAAUCCAGAACAUUCAGCAUGGGUUACUCACGAUUUGUUGAGAUCGGCCGUGUGUGCCUGGUCAAUUACGGACCUCUAAACAACUCUCUUGUAGUUGUCGUCGAUGUCGUCGAUGGUCGUCGUGCCCUUGUCGAUGGACCCGGAGUGAAGCGUCAGAUGGUUUCCUUCAAGCGUCUUUCUCUAACCAACCUUAAGGUUGAGGGUUUCGUUCACUCUGCCACCGCCAAGAUCGUCAAGAAGCAGUGGGAGGCGUGCGAAAUUGAGAAGAAGUGGACAGAGAGCACUUGGGCCAAGAAGCUAGCUCAGCGUGAAGCCCGUGCCAACACCACUGACUUCCAGCGAUUCCAGGUUAUGAUCAACCGCAAGAAGCGAUCGCAGAUCAUCAACAAGGAGCUCGCCAAGAUGAAGAAGAGUGCUUAAGUAUUGUUGCUUACAUUAAAUAAGUGAUUAUAAUCUUUACGGCGGAGGUACAAGUGUGUGUAUUUGAGACUGAAUUUUAUAUGUUCUGUCCUUGGUAGGUAUCCUGUGUAUUUCCUCACAAGAUUAAUGUUGCGUAGUAGGAAUCAGUACUGUUGUAUUAUUCUUCACUUAUUUUAAUCGAUUAUUAAAUGUGAAGCUCGGG